GCGGCGGUGGCUACCGCGUCGACCUGGGGAUCGAGCUGGAGGGACCUCGGGAGCGUGCCGAGAUCUCUAGCUGGAGCGCGAGGGACCUCCCGCCGGGAUGCCUGGGGAGCAGAUGGACCCCACUGGAAGUCACUUGGAGUCAGAUUUCUCUCAGCAAGACACUCCUUGCCUGAUCAUUGAAGAUUCUCAGCCUGAAAGCCAGGUUCUAGAUGAUGAUUCUGGUUCUCGCUUCAGUAUGCUAUCUCGACACCUUCCUAAUCUACAGACGCACAAAGAGAACCCUGUGUUGGAUGUUGUGUCCAAUAGUGAACCAACAGCUGGAGAAGAACAAGGAGACAGUAAUAGCAGCUUCAAUGAACAUCUGAAAGAAAACAAAGCUGCAGAGUCUAUGGAUUCUUCUCAUUUGGACACAUGUGGUUCCAUCAGUCAGGUCAUUGAACAGUUACCUCAGCCAAAUAGGACAAGCAGUGUUUCGGGAAUGUCAGUGGAAUCUGCUCCUCCUGUGGGUGAAGAGAAGGAAGAAGAGGUGGAAGAGAAGGAAAAGGAAGGAGAUAUUUCAGAGGAUACCACACACUCCCUUGGUGCUGAAGAUCCUGCCUCAUCACAGCUGGGCUUUGGGCUUCUAGAACUCUCCCAGAGCCAGGAUGUUGAGGAACAAACUGUGCCACGUGAAGCAGACAAAGAGCCUCUACAGUCAGUAACCACCAACUCUGCUUAUACUAGGCUAUCUGAUGUGGAUGCUAAUGUUGCAAUUAAGCAUGAAGAACAGUCCAAUGAAGGUAUCCCCAUGGCAGCACAGCCCAGCAAGGAUAUCCCUGUGGCAGCACAGCCCAGUAAGGAUGUACCUGUGGUAGAAGAGCAAAAUUCACCACCUGCAAGGUCAGAGGACAUGCCUGCUAGUCCCAAAGGCUCUCUUGCUGCUGUGGAAACAAAAGAACAAAUAUCUGUUCAAGAACUUCUGGAAGGUGGGAUGCAGAUUCAGAAAUCACCAGAGCCUGAGGUUUUGUCAACUCAGGAAGACUUGUUUGACCAGAGCAAUAAAACAGUAGCUUCUGAUGGUUGCUCUACUCCUUCAAGGGAAGAAGGUGGGUGUUCUCUGGCUUCCACACCUGCCACCACUUUGCACCUCCUGCAGCUCUCUGGUCAGAGGUCUCUUGUUCAGGAGAGUCUUUCCACGAAUUCCUCAGACCUUGUUGCUCCUUCCCCUGACGCCUUCCGAUCUACCCCCUUUAUCGUUCCUAGCAGUCCCACAGAGCAAGAAGGGAGAAAAGAUGAGCCAAUGGAUGUGUCAGUGUUACCUGAAGGGGGAGAGUCUUUUCAGAAGAAACUCCAAGGUGAUGAACCAGUAGGGAUAGAAAACCCCCCUCUCCCACCUGAGCCCACUAUAUCACCACAAGCCUCAACACCGGUAUCUCAGAGCACACCAGUCUUCACUCCUGGGUCACUUCCUGUUCCAUCCCAGCCUGAGUUUUCUCAUGAUAUUUUCAUUCCAUCUCCAAGUUUGGAAGAACAGUCAGAUAAUGAGAAGAAGGAUAGAGGUUUGCAUAGUUCAUCUUUGACUGUUGAGUAUUCUAAAACUUCAGAGACUGAACCAAAGAAUUCUUCUGAGGAUCUUGGGCUUUCUUUGACAGGAGAUUCUUGUAAGUUGAUGCUUUCUACAAGUGAGUAUAGUCAGUCCCCAAAGAUAGAAAGCGUGAGUUCUCACAGGAUUGAUGAAGAUGGAGAAAGCACACAGAUUGAGGAUACUGAACCCAUGUCUCCAGUUCUCAAUUCUAAACUUGCUCUUGCUGAAAAUGAUAGUAUCCUGAUUAAUCCAGCACAAGAUGGCCAAGUGGUACUGAAUCAGAAUGACGAUAAAACAAAGGGGGUUAACACAGAAAGCAGAGACGACAUUAGUAUUUUAGCUGAUGGUUGCAAAGGCAGAGAAGAAACUGUGGCGGAAGACGUUUGUAUUGAUCUCACUUGCGAUUCAGGUAGUCAGGCAGUUCCCUCUCCAGCUACUCGAUCUGAGGCACUCUCUAGUGUGUUAGAUCAGGAGGAAGCUAUAGAAAUUAAAGAACAUCAUCCAGAGGAGGGGUCUUCAGGGUCUGAGGUGGAAGAAAUCCCUGAGACUCCUUGUGAAAGUCAAGGAGAGGAGCCCAAAGAAGAAAAUAUGGAGAGUGUUGCAUUGCACCUUUCUCUGACUGAAACUCAGUCCCAGGGGCUGGGUCUUCCAAAGGAAGUCCCCAAACAAGAAUGCCAGGAAGCUAUGGAAGUUGAAACCAGUGUGAUUAGUAUUGAUUCCCCCCAAAAGCUUCCAGUACUUGACCAAGAAUUGGAACAUAAGGAUCAGGAAGCAUGGGAAGAAGCUACUUCAGAGGACUCGAGUGUUGUCAUUGUAGAUGUGAAGGAACCAUCUCCCAGAGUUGAUGUUUCUUCUGAACCUUUAGAGGUAGUGGAAAAAUGCUCAGAUUCUCAGUUGUGGGAGGAUGAUGCUCCAGAAAUAGAACCAUGUGCUGAGAAUAGAGCAGAUACCCAAGAAGAAAAGAGUGCAGAAUAUGAAGGAGAUCUGAAAUCAGUGACUGCAGAAAAAGAACCUGUAGAGGCAGACUCUUCACAGCCUCCCUUGACUUUAGUGAGAACAGAUGAUGCUCCAGUACCUGACCAGGAAAUGCAGCAGACCCAGCCAAAAGAGACAACAGUUGGCACAUUAAGGGAAGACUCAAAAAUGGCUAAUACAAAGCAGCUGGACUCAGGUGUAGGGGCUCAGCCACUGGAGAAAGCCUCUGCCCAUGCCUCACAAAGCUUCUGUGAAAGCUCUAGUGAAACUCCAUUUCAUUUUACUUUGCCUAAAGAAGGUGAUAUUAUUCCACCAUUGACUGGUGCAACUCCACCUCUUAUUGGGCACCUAAAAUUGGAGCCCAAGAGACACAGUACUCCUAUUGGUAUUAGCAACUAUCCCGAAAGCACCAUAGCAGCCAGUGAUGUCAUGUCUGAAAGCAUGGUGGAGACCAACGACCCCAUGCUUGGGAAUGAAAAAGGAGAUUCUGGGGCUGCCCCAGAAAUGGGUGAUCAAUUGUGUCUGAGAAUGAAAUUGGUCAGUCCUGAGACUGAGGCGAGUGAAGAGUCUUUGCAGUUUAGUCUGGAAAAGCCAGCAACUGGUGAAAGAAAAAAUGGAUCUACUGCUGUUGCUGAGGCUGUUACCAGUCCCCAGAAGACCAUGUCUGCGUUUAGCUGUGUCUGUGAAGCCCAGCAAGAGGAUGAGGCUCGAAGUCAGGAUUCCCCCUCUGUACCCAUCAGGGGGAACUUGCUCCAUUUUCCAAGUACUCAAGAUGAAGAGGAGAAGGGAAAAUUAGAAGGUGACCAAAGGACCAGGCAGAGUCAACAGCCUAUGAAGCCCAGUAGUCCUGUCAAAGACCCUGCUUCUCCUACCUCCCAGGAGAUGGCCACACAGGAGCCAUCCAGUCCUCAAGGGGAAGCAAUGGAGAUAGAUAUGCCCGAAGGCCAGAAAGAAGGACAGAAUGCCGGUCAGGAAAAAUCUAGUGAAGCCUUGAUUGAAAGGCCCAGCCAAAAUAACGUAGGAAUCCAGACCAUAGAGCAUUCCCUGUGGGUCCCCGAAACUGUUUCAGCAGCAACUCAGACUGUAAAGAAUGUGUGUGAACAAGGGACCAGUACAGUGGACCAGAACUCUGGAAAACAAGAUGCCACAGUUCAGACUGAGAGGGGGAGUGGUGAGAAACCAGUCAGUGCUCCUGGGGAUGAUACAGAGUCACUCCAUAGCCAGGGAGAGGAAGAGUUUGAUAUGCCUCAGCCCCCUCAUGGCCAUGUCUUGCAUCGCCACAUGAGGACAAUUCGUGAGGUUCGCACACUGGUCACUCGUGUCAUCACAGAUGUGUAUUAUGUGGACGGAACAGAGGUAGAAAGAAAAGUAACUGAGGAGACUGAAGAGCCAGUUGUAGAGUGUCAGGAGUGUGAAACUGAAGUUUCCCCUUCACAGACUGGGGGCUCUUCAGGUGACCUGGGGGACAUCAGCUCCUUCUCUUCCAAGGCAUCCAGCUUACACCGCACGUCAAGUGGGACAAGCCUCUCAGCCAUGCACAGCAGUGGCAGCUCAGGGAGAGGAGCCGGACCACUCAAAGGGAAAACCAGUGGGACAGAACCCGCAGAUUUUGCCUUGCCCAGCUCCCGAGGAGGCCCAGGAAAACUGAGUCCUAGAAAAGGGGUCAGUCAGACAGGGACGCCAGUGUGUGAGGAGGAUGGUGAUGCGGGCCUUGGCAUCAGACAGGGAGGGAAGGCUCCCGUCACGCCUCGUGGGCGCGGGCGAAGGGGCCGCCCGCCUUCUCGGACCACUGGAACCAGGGAAACAGCUGUGCCUGGCCCCUUGGGCAUAGAGGACAUUUCACCCAGCAUGUCGCCAGACGAUAAAUCCUUCACCCGUAUCGUGCCCCGCGUGCCAGACUCCACCAGACGAGCAGACAUGGGUGCUGGUGCUUUGCGUCGAAGCGACUCUCCAGAGAUUCCUUUCCAGACUGCUGCUGGCCCUUCUGAUGGCUUAGAUGCCUCCUCUCCAGGGAACAGCUUUGUAGGGCUCCGUGUUGUAGCCAAGUGGUCAUCCAAUGGCUAUUUUUACUCUGGAAAAAUCACACGAGAUGUUGGAGCUGGGAAGUAUAAAUUGCUCUUUGAUGAUGGGUAUGAGUGUGAUGUGUUGGGCAAAGACAUUCUGCUGUGUGACCCCAUCCCACUGGAUACAGAAGUGACAGCCCUUUCGGAGGAUGAGUAUUUCAGUGCAGGAGUGGUGAAGGGGCAUAGGAAGGAGUCUGGAGAGCUGUACUACAGCAUUGAAAAAGAAGGCCAAAGGAAGUGGUAUAAGCGAAUGGCUGUCAUCUUGUCCUUGGAGCAAGGAAACAGACUGAGAGAGCAGUACGGCCUAGGCCCAUAUGAGGCAGUGACGCCCCUCACCAAGGCAGCAGAUAUCAGCUUAGACAAUUUGGUGGAAGGGAAACGGAAGCGGCGAAGUAACAUCAGCUCCCCCGCCACCCCCACUGCCUCCAGCAGCAGCAGUACAACCCCUACCCGAAAGAUCACAGAAAGCCCUCGUGCCUCCACCGGAGUUCCCUCAGGCAAAAGAAAACUUACCACUUCUGAGGAGGAACGGUCCCCUGCCAAGCGAGGCCGGAAAUCUGCCACUGUGAAACCUGGUGCAGUGGGGGCAGGAGAGUUUGUGAGCCCCUGUGAGAGUGGAGACAACAUGGGUGAACCCUCUGCCCUGGAAGAGCAGAGAGGGCCUCUGCCCCUCAACAAGACCUUGUUUCUGGGCUACGCCUUUCUUCUCACCAUGGCCACAACAAGUGACAAGUUGGCUAGCCGCUCCAAAUUGCCAGAUGGUCCUACAGGAAGCAGCGAGGAAGAGGAGGAAUUUUUAGAAAUUCCUCCUUUCAACAAGCAAUACACAGAAUCCCAGCUUCGAGCAGGAGCUGGCUAUAUUCUCGAAGACUUCAAUGAAGCCCAGUGUAAUACAGCCUACCAGUGUCUCCUAAUUGCGGAUCAGCAUUGUCGAACCCGGAAGUACUUCCUGUGCCUUGCCAGUGGCAUUCCUUGUGUGUCUCAUGUCUGGGUCCAUGAUAGUUGCCAUGCCAACCAGCUCCAGAAUUACCGCAAUUAUCUGCUGCCAGCUGGGUACAGCCUCGAGGAGCAAAGAAUUCUGGAUUGGCAACCCCGUGAAAACCCUUUCCAGAAUCUGAAGGUACUCUUGGUAUCAGACCAACAGCAGAACUUCCUGGAGCUCUGGUCUGAGAUCCUCAUGACUGGGGGGGCAGCCUCUGUGAAGCAGCACCAUUCAAGUGCCCAUAACAAAGAUAUUGCUUUAGGGGUAUUUGAUGUGGUGGUGACGGACCCCUCGUGCCCAGCCUCGGUGCUGAAGUGUGCUGAAGCAUUGCAGCUGCCUGUGGUGUCACAAGAGUGGGUGAUCCAGUGUCUCAUUGUUGGGCAGAGAAUUGGAUUCAAGCAGCAUCCAAAAUAUAAACAUGAUUAUGUUUCUCACUAAGGAUACUUGGUCUUACCGGUUUUAUUCCCUGGUGUUGUGGAGACUGUGUUUUAACCAGGUUUUAAAUGUGUCUUGUGUGUAACCGGAUUCCUUGCAUGGAUCUUGUAUAUACUUUUAUUUGCUGGACUUUUAUGAUAAAAUAAAUGUUGAAUCUCUGGUUGUAGU